AUGGCCGACGACUUGGGUCCGGCAGAUGUCGAGCCGGCACCCCCUCCAGAGCAGGAGCUCGUAGAACGACCUCGGGCAGCACUUGAUGCAAGUCCGGGCAAGGCGCAUGGUGCUGCCAGCGCUGAUUCUGAGACAGCAGGUGUACUGACCUCUGUGCUGCAGCAGAUCAAGCAGGACAUCCUCCACAGACUCGACAGUCAAGACGUCGUGCUCCAACAGCUCCUCCAGCGAGCUGAGAGACACCGAAUUCUGGUGCCGAAGCGGGCCGGCACGACUGGCACGGCUGACAGUUCCAAGGCCUCGGCAUCUCCGAAGCAACGGGGCACAGAGCUCGAUGAUAUUGCAGAGGAGCAGACGGCAGACCCGCCAAUUUUUUACGGAGAAGCACCGCUGGCAGAGACAAAGCCUAUGUUGUUCAGCACUUUCACGAGUGACAAUCUGGCACACCUGGAUGCUGCUUACAACGCAGACGCCGGCCGGUCACGCGAUAGAUUCAAGGACGCGAAGAGUUUCACAAGCACUGCUUCUCCUCAGAUGCGAUGUCUGCAAAGGAUGGUGAAGAACACCAGCUUCGACAUUUUCUGCGCAUUUGUGGUGGUCUCCAACUCGAUCUUCCUAGGCGUCGAGGUCCAAGCCAGUAUCGACGGGAAUGGCGCCACUCCCCCGGAACUCGACAUUGCGCGCUACCUCUACACUGCAUGGUUCAUCCUUGAGCUAGCCUUACGAAUGGCGGCUGAUGGCCCACGACAGUACUUGUGUUCAGAUGACUGGGCGUGGAGCGCGCUGGAUGUUUUCGUCGUUACCACUUCAAUAUGGGAGUUGGUCGCAGACAUCAUCUUUCUUCUCCUUGACGAUGACGUCGGCAACGUUGCGAGUGUAUCAGGGUUACGCGCGUUCCGCAUCAUACGGAUCACCCGAGUUGUGAAAGCUGUCCGAUUGAUGCGUGUCUUCCGCUUUGUCAUGGCAUUCCGGACAUUGAUAACUUCCAUCUUAUACACGUUGAAGUCCCUCUUUUGGGCGUUGAUGCUUCUGAUUGUCAUCGUCUAUGUCUUCGGAGUUCUUUUCACGCAAGCUGUCAACGACUUCCUUCUGGACAAUGCCGAGACCAUGCCAUUGACAAAGGGCGACGAGGAAUUGGCGAGAAACUAUUUCGGAUCACUGCAAGAUGCGAUGCUGAGUCUCUUCAUGAGCAUUGCCGGGGGUGUCAGCUGGGAAGCGGUAAUACGACCCCUUCGAGCGGUGUCUGAGUUUUGGGGAGCUCUCUUCGUAUUCUACAUCAGUUUCACAUUGUUCGCCGUCCUGAAUGUCGUCACAGGAGUGUUCUGCCAAAGUGCGAUUGAAAGUGCGCAGAACGAUCAUACAGCCGUGGUCCACUCGAUUCUGAAAAACAAGAAGGCCCAUGUCGACAAGAUCAAGGCGUUGUUUAGCCAGUUGGGAGACGAGAAGACUGGCGCCAUUACGUUUGCCAUGUUCGAGGAGAAGAUUCAUUCACCUGCCGUGCAGGCAUAUUUCGAAGUCCUGGGCCUGGAUGUCUGGGACGCGUGGUCCUUCUUCAAACUGCUGGACUUGGACAACGGUGGUGAAGUGGAAGUGGAGGAGUUUUUGAUGGGCUGCUUGCGGCUUCGGGGACCUGCCCGCGCCAUCGAUGUGGGCAAAGUCAUUCACGAUCAGUCCUGGCUGAUGCGAAACCAAGGCAGAUUUUUCACAUAUGUCGAGGCCGAGCUGACUCGGAUCGUCAGGCAGCUGGCUGCUCUUACGGGAUCUCCCAUAGGCUCCAUGGAGAUGGCGACGAUGGAAUCAGCUGCCGAAGGUGCGCAGCCAGCAAAGGUCGAAAAGGCUGACGAGCCAAAGGACGAGGAGGAGGCUAGCAGAGCCAUCUGA